AUGAUGCUGCUAUUGGCGUUCAAACUGAUCGCUGCUUAUGGGCUUCUCUUUCUGGCGCGGUUCAUUGCCGUGGGAGCAGCCUCCGAUGAUAUGGCGGACCUGCCUCCCCCGGUGGCCCUGCCCAACUGCACUGCCGCAUGUGGCAACUUGACGGUUCCGUACCCGUUCGGGAUCGGGUCCGGUUGCUUCCUGGAUGAGCUCUUUGAGAUCGAGUGCCACCGUGGCGGCAGCAUCACCCCUGUCGCCACGCUGAAGAACCUCAUGAAUGUAACAGUGCUCAAUAUUUCCCUACCGGUGCCAGACUACUCCAGAGGCCCCGACGGAUUCAUCGAGGUCUCUCAGCCAGUCUUCUACUCCAAGCAGAACCUGCCAAACUGCACAGGCAGAGCAGUGAAUGGCAACAUCCCGACGCUGUUGAACUUGACGGGGAGUUCCUUCAUGUACUCGCAGACGAAGAACGUGUUCGUGUCCGGAGGGUGCAACAACCUGGCGUUCAUGGUCAGCCCCAGCAUGAAGUCGGCGGUCGUCGGCUGCAGGUCGACAUGUGCCGGCAACGGGACUGGCGGCGGCCAGGACGCCUGCGUGAACGGGCAUGGUUGCUGCAUGAACACGAUCCCCUUCGGGCUACAGGCGUAUAGCGUGGAUUUUAAGGCGGAGGAUGGUUCACACAAAUGCAGGUACGCUUUCUUAGCGGAUCAAUCGCAAUAUGAAUUUCCCAGCAACAUGACCGAUACACGAGCCUUACCGUCACACGUGCCCGUGGCUCUCGAAUGGGGGAUCUCCAACGAAACGUUUGCCAAAAUGCGGAUCUCAGACGGUGCUUACCAAUACCUCAUUUUUAGGCCCACCUACGGGUGCAGCCACGACGACAGCCCUUUUUUAUACGGUUCCGAUAACCCCAAGCCUUACAUGCAAUGCCGCUGCCAGUCUGGCUACGCCGGUAACCCCUACAUAACAGACGGAUGCAAAGAUAUAAAUGAGUGCUUAAUCCCAAAUGCAACUCAUUGCCCGGGGAAGUGUGUGAACCGACCUGGUUCAUAUGUCUGUGUUGGCAACAACAAUACCGUGGCCAUGAUAGGUGCUGGCAGUGGUUUCGGGGCCGUACUCCUUCUGGGAUUAUUGUGGUGGUUCUACAAGUUCCUAAAGAGGCGGCAUGACAUCAAGCUUAAACAGAAGUUCUUUAAACGAAACGGCGGUUUGUUGUUACGACAGCAACUAUCUUACGACGAAGGCAAUCACAUGGCCAAGAGCAAACUGUUCACUUCGAAAGAGCUAGAGAAAGCUACUGAUCAGUUUAAUGAGAACAGGAUCCUCGGUAAAGGUGGCCAAGGAACUGUCUACAAGGGAAUGCUGACAGACGGAAGGAUCGUUGCGGUCAAAAGAUCGAGAAUUGUAGACGAAGGACAAGUCGAGCAAUUUAUCAAUGAGGUUAUGGUUCUCUCCCAAACUAUUCAUCGUAACAUUGUUGAAUUGUUGGGAUGUUGUCUGGAAACGGAGGUCCCACUUUUGGUGUAUGAAUUCAUUCCGAGCGGAACUCUUUAUCAGCAUUUGCAUAAUCCAACUGAAGAGUUUCCACUGUCAUGGGAAAUGCGAUUGAGGAUAGCCACCGAAGUAGCCGGAGCUCUUUCCUAUUUGCACUUCACUGCGGCCAUACCCAUUUACCAUCGAGAUGUCAAGUCUUCAAAUAUCCUCUUGGACGACAAGUACCGGGCCAAAGUAGCUGAUUUUGGAACUUCGACAUCGGUGGCUAUUGAUCAAACUCACUUGACCACAAUGGUCAAAGGCACAAUCGGGUACUUAGACCCCGAGUAUUUCCAAACAAGCCAGUUCACGGACAAGAGCGAUGUCUACAGCUUCGGGGUAGUCAUAGUCGAGCUAUUGACGGGGCAAAAGCCGAUCUCUGCGAAGAGGGCGGAAGAUGGCAGAAGUUUGGCAGUGUAUUUUAUCGAGUCGAUGGAGGAAAACCGCCUUCUUGACAUCGUCGAUGCUGGAGUGGUAAAGCAAAGUCGAGAGGAAGAGAUUCUGGGAGUUGCAAAUUUGGCCAAGAGAUGCUUGAACUCGAACGGAAGGAAUCGACCUACCAUGAAAGAGGUGGCAAUGGAGUUGGAGCGAAUAAGGGUGCAGCAUGUUGGUCCUUACACUAUCGAGCAAAAUCAUCAUCCGAUUGACCACGUAAGGACUCGAUCAGUUCGAGCUUGGCACGGUUUCUCUAUGCCAACGUGGUCCGAAGCUCAGAUAUCUUCAUUGGAGGUUCAUUUGCACAUGCACAAUUUAGAAUGAUAAUGAUACACGA